AUGGCUUCUCAACAAAAGAAAAGGUUUUUCUUGUUUAAAAAAAAGAAUGAAGAUAAAGAUGCAAUGGUGAUGUCUUUAAAUUUUUCUAUAAAUGAUGAAAGCAUAACUUCUAAUGAUUCACCUACACAUCUUACACCUAGAACUCCUAAAACCCCCAAAUCAUCUCUUGCUAAAUCUUCUAGACAAUCAUUUGCUGUAUUCGAAGACACACCUAAGCAUAAAAGUACCACAAAUUCUGUUGAUUUUACAAUGCUUAAUGCUCUUAAAGAUAUAAUAGGGGUUGGAACAACUGAUAUAGAAAGAACACGUUCAGCAAUGGAACAACUCAAAGAAAUGUUUGCUAAUCCAAGUGAUGCUGUUAUCAGUACAUUAGUUCCAAAUGUAUUAAGACCAAAUAAAAAGUAUAUUACAAAAGAAUCAGUAUAUUAUGUAAUUAUGGAUUCAUUAAGAGAUAGUCAAAAUAAAAUAUAUGAUUGUUGGUCAAGUUUACAAUUACCAAUUGAAGUAUGGACUGGUAAAUAUACAUGUUUUAAUGUUAUAUUGGAUUGUGCUAAAGAAAAAGAAUUUGCAAUAGAAACUGAUAUCGAAUCAACUUCUAGAAACUUUGAUUUAUUUUCUUAUGACAUAAUUAAUAUUGACGAUGAUUUUACAUUUUUCAAACAAUUUUUUUAUCUUCAACGUUUACCAAGUGGAUUAAGAAGAUUCAUUUUACCAAAAGAUGAUGAUUGUUCCAAAUGGUGGAUAAAAACAUUGAAUGUCAAUGAAAAACCAAUUAAAUCUAAGAAUAAUAUAAAGCUUCAAGACCAACUAAUGAAAUUGGAAACUCAACUUAUAGUCAAAAAUUAUAAAUUUGGAGUAUUAUAUGCAAAACCUGGUCAAAAAACAGAAGAUGAAAUGUAUAGCAAUACAGAAUGUUCUUCAGCAUUUUGGAAGUUCAUGGAUUUAAUUGCUUCAAAGAAAGAACAAUUAAAUUGGAAUAGGUUUAUUGGUGGUUUAGAUUCAAAGAAUGGUAGGACAGGUGAGUAUUUCUAUUUCAGUUUUUAUGAAAAAUUUUCAUAUGAAAUUGUUUUUCAUGUUGCUCCAUUACUUCCAGAUAAUGAAGGUAGUCAAAAAUUAGAAAGAAAAAGACAUAUAGGAAAUGAUAUUGUUGUUAUUGUUUUUAAAGAAAUGGCUGAUUCAACUGAUACCUUUGAUCCACGUUGUAUUACUUCACAUUUUAAUCAUAUUUUUAUUGUUGUCACUCCUGAAAAGAAUGAUGAAACUAAUGAAAUAUAUCAUGUCAAUGUCGUUUGUAAAAGUGAAAUUCUUCCAUUCCCACCAUUUCUAGAAACUUCGGUAUUUCAUCAUGACAUUCAUUUUAAACAAUUUUUAACAAGAAAAUUAUUAAACGCUGAGAGAACGGCAAUGAAUUGUGGUAUUUUUGUCAAUAACUCAGUUAAGUCGAAUGAAAGAAUUAUAAAACAUAUUAUUUCUUCAAGUUUCGAAUAA